UGUAGGCUCUGAAAUCUUAUCGUGAUGUGAGAUGGUUUUCAGUAUUUCUUCUUGCUGCAAAAUGUGGCAUUUCUCUACAGCCUUAAGUUAGAUAGAGCCUUCUAGUUGCUGUGACCCAUGUACCAUCUCAUCUCAAAUGGAAUUGGAAGAAGCCUUCCGUUUGUACUGUCAAAACAGAGAGGAAGGGCUGAUCAUUCAUGUUUUCCCAAGUAUUCCAGAGAAACCCGGCAUGCCUUGCCCAGGAGAAGACAAAUCAAUCUACCGACGUGGAGCCAGAAGAUGGAGGAAGCUGUACCGAGUGAAUGGGCAUUUGUUUCAAGCCAAACGUUUUAACAGAUAUUGCAGCACAUACAAAUGUGAUGUACACUUUGGGAACUGGAUACAAAACAGAGAACAGUGAGGUGAGUUAACUGUCUUUUUCAGCAGUACUCUAUGAGAUUUGUACUACUGCCUGGAUGGUUUUUUUCCUUAAUGUUUCUUAUCCGAAAUCUGCAUUUUAAAAGCAGGAAAAGCCCCUUCAAAGUCAUUAUUUUAUCAGUGUCUAUGUGAAAAACAUAGGUUGUUUAUCUGAAUUAGAGCAAGCAUUUGUGUACUGUACUGUUCCUAUGUUAUUUUUGUAAUUUGUAGUAUGAAACAUUCCAUAAAUUUUAUUUAGAUGUGCAUUUGGUACAGAGUUAAAAACACUUAAUUGUGGUUACAUACAUGCCAUCUUAAUAAUCUACUGUUACUAAUAUAAAUAAUGAACUUUUGCAGAAAUUGGGCUAAUGGUGAAUAAACACAUGAUGAAUUGGAAACUGUUAGCAUACUUAUUUGACUUUGCUGCAACCAUUCCUGUAGAAGUUAAAUCUUCUUAAGGCAGAGCAGAAAGUAAAUCCAACUGAAGCUAGUAAUAAAGUUGAUGUGAAUUUCAACUCAUUAUUACCUGUAAAUUUCAGUGUCAUAUUUCACAGUAAUGUAUGCAUUUUUUUUAACUAGAUACCAAAUUUUAACUGAAUUUUCACGAUUGCAGUAUGAAUUUAUGAAUUCUUUCACUUCUCACAGUAACUGUUUAAAACUCCUUCAGUUAAUUCAAGUAAAUGAACACAUUUGAGCAUCUAAGUGAUUAGACUACAAUAUUGGUGAUUAUGAUCUUGAACAUGAUGUGGAAGCCCACUGUUAUUUCUAUGGUUAUAUGCAUUUUGGGCAGGCACGAGGGAUACUUGUGUUACUCUCAGAAUC